AUGUUGGAGGCGAUUUACAUUACUGAUACAAAGAACGUGUUGGCUUUUGAAUACCUCACCCUGCCGGACCUCCCACAUUUUCUGCUGGUACUUUCUCUAGUUCGAUCGAGCCUUCAUAAGGAAGAUGAUGGGAUAAGCAUAGUCCAGUCUUCCAUACCACUCAUACGAGUCAAUGACGCGUACUAUAUCUGCUCCAGUACCAUUGAAGGUUUGCAAUUCUACCUCCUAUUUAGGUCAUCAUCUGUCGAAAAAACAAACCCACUCGUUCCUAUUCUAUUUAUCGACCGCAUGUUGAGUGCAUUCAAGGAAUAUCUUGGGAGCCCCCUUACUGUUUCCAAAGUUGACGCCAGCACGGACACAUUAACACUUCUUCUUCACGAGAUGAUAGAUGUGGGGAUCCCCAAUGUUACAGACGCAAACAAGCUUCGUGAUUUGGUGCAACUGAAGAGCUUGUUGAGCAAGAUUUUAAGCUCUGGAAAUGAUAUUGCGUCAGCCGCUUCUAAAGGGACUCUUACAUCUCUAUCAAAUAUGUCCUCACAUCCAUCUGCUCCAUUGCUGCAAGAUCCUGAAGGUAGCGUGCCGUGGCGAAGAGCGAAUGUCAAGUAUACCAAUAAUGAGAUGUACAUCGACUUGUUUGAGACCGUUAAUGUCAUUCUUAGACCCAAGAGAAGGAGUACUAAAGUUCCCUUAUUGUCGCAAAACUUUGACUCCGCCUUUUAUUCCUCUUCAGCGACAGCACCGAUAGCUCAAAGUCUCAUUCCACACACCGGGACAAUCAUCGGUCAACUUGAUUUCUUGUGUCGUCUCUCAGGAGAGCCGACUUUACAGAUCACUCUAAAUGCUGCCUCGUCAUUUAUUGACGCAACUCAGUGUCAUCCUUGCAUUAAUUUUGAUACAUGGAAUAGAAAUCACGAAACCCUUUCAUUUAUACCGCCAGACGGUCAUUCGAGUCUCAUAUCUUAUCAAGUCGACUUGGACGAACUCCCAGAGAGAGACUCACGGUCGAUGCUUGGGCUUUUUACUUUCGAUUGCUAUCUGAAUCUCGGUAUGAACGAGAGCGAGUUUGAGAUACGUGCAAUCUCAUCCAAAUGCCAUGGUGUAUCUAAAAUUGAUACCUUAAAAAUUGAAAUAUUCGCAUAUGAGCCAAGUCAAAGAGCCCACAUGAAGAGCGAUGAUGAUGCAGAUGAUGAGCCUGACUCUAAUAUUGUGGACUCCAUCAAGGCUAUAAAGGUAACUCAUGGAGAUUUCAGGUAUAAAGGCAAUGGGAGAGGUGAAUGGGUCAUGAAAGAUCUUGUUCCAGGUACGCAACCGGUAUUUCGAGGAUGCAUCAACACCUUUGAUGACGAGUAUAACAUUUCUUCAAGCCCUACACCAUUGCAUGAGAACCUCAUUGAGGUUUCUAACGACUCAAGUAAUUCAGAAGUGAGAAGAGCAAUUGCACCUUUGUUUUACAAAGUUUCCUUUAGUUACAAGGGUGGACUAGCCAGUGGCCUUAAGGUAGACGGUUUAAAAGUUCUAAGAUCUAAGGGAAUGGGUGACUCUGUGAAGCCGUACAAGGGGGUGAGGUAUAUCACCACUACCGGGGACUAUGUCAUCAGAACAUGA